AUGGCUCGACGAUGGGUUUGCGUCAUGGAUUGUAACUGCACCGAGUUGCUGAAGAGAGGUGUGGCUGCUGAGGAUGCUACAAGUUCUGCAACAUUAAAUUCAUCCAUGAUGAUGAUGUUUACUUCUUCUCUUCCGACAUUUUCAUCCUUCUUUUCUGACUUUCAAUCCAACAAGGCUUCGUCUUUGGGAGGAGAUCACUCAGCUCCGAUGAUGCAAUCUUUACUUCCCGACACCUCUCAUACUAGUUUACUGUACACUACUUUUAUUCGAUCAUUUUCAUCAUGUACUCAUCAAGUGAUGGUGAUGGAAAGCGAAAAUACAUGUAUUACUUUUUUGCCAAUUUUAGAUAUUGAAGAACCGAACGCAACUGUGAACAAUAGCACAGUGAGAUCACUUCAACAUACUCCUCCCUCGAUGGCCAUGUUGUUAAUGGUUGCUGAUGUUCAAAAAAGCGAAGACGACGAAAAUAAUGAUGAACAUUUGGAUAGCGAAGAAAAUAGAGAUGAGUUCAAACAAUCGAAGAAAAAGAAGAAAAAUAGAACAAAUACUAUUUACCAACACUUUUGCAACGAAACAUUUUUGAAGGCGUUAGAGUCAGUAAUUUAUUUAUUUAUUAGCAAGACUACUUUGUCAUCAAUCACAAACAAGCAACCAUCAGACAAAGUGGCAAAGAAAAUACCUCAAGUGAAAAUUAUUUUGAAUUCGUUGACUGACAUCAUUACAUAUUUAUUACAAUCAUCCUCUCCUUACACUCCAUCAUUUAAGAAAACCUAUGAAACUGACGAAGAUUCAAGAUCAAUGGUGAGCUCCUUUCUACAACAACCAUUUGAACAAUUAUGUUUACGCCCUGGCAGAAAAACCUUAAAGUUUCCUGAUAUCAAGGAGGUAGAAAUUCUCUUGGUUAAAUGCAUGAAUUACCUCCUUACUCAAUUCAAGAAUACGUUAUUGUGCUCUGCCAUUUAUGUGAAUGCUGGUUUGUUCUUUUGUGGAGCUGAAUGGCACAAGUAUCUCAACCAACAACAAUUGACAGCUCUUUCUAUUUAUUUGAAUUCAUUAUCUCAUUCAGAAAAUGAUGCUACUAUUCGUGACAUUCCUCUCGUGUUACGCGAAAAUGUCAACACAAGAUUUUUAUGCAUCAAAUUAAUCGAUAAUAUUCACUACUGUGCAAUAGUAACUGGAGAUUUAAAGGGUUAUGAUAUUGUAACUGCUAUUCAAAGCAAGAGUGAGGAUUGGUCUAGAUCAAUAAUUCGAUUAUCAGGCGUCUUGACAAGAUCCUUUCUCUCAUUCGUACAAGAGCUUGAUGAAAAGAAUGAAAUCACGUCAGAUGCUCAAAAGUUGGCUAAAAUUAAGGCCUUGCUUUUCAUGAGUAAUUCAACAGGAUCUUCUCCUUACUUUAUCUAUGAAAAUUUUGUUAACAGCGAUACAAGUCCCUUAACCUAUGAAAGAAUAGAACAUUCACUCAGGGAAUUCUACAUUAAUUCCAUGAUGACCGUUUUUGAUGUGUUUCACCCACAACAACAAGGUGAAGAAUUUAAUUUGGACAUCAACGAAACGUACGUGAUCACCAAGCAACUUGCUAUUUUUGCAUUCAAGAAAAAUCAUAGCCUGUUGUAUUGUGUGUUUGAUAGCACCUGUCCACGACAUGAAUGCUCCAUAAUGACAAGAGAAAUCAUGCAGCUCAUUUCUAAAAAGAAUAUUCAGUAA